ACUGUUAUGCGCGUCUGCAUAUAACACUAACCCACACAACUCCCCACAAAUACUUUUUGCACGAUAUUAAAUACUGUUGUAUCGGCGAAAAAAUACUUUUCAUGAAAUUCUGGCCACACGCCAGAAAAUACUUUAACCUAGGACGUUUGUUAUUCCCAAGAAACCAGGAAGUUCCCUCAGGAUUUCUCCAGUUUCGCCGGUCGGUGUCAGGGUACAAGUUUCAAUUGAUUAAGUUCAUAGAUAGCCAGCGCGUGAGAGGUUCUAAUUCUCUUCUCAUUGUUCAGAGACGCUUUCAAGUGACUAUGCCGACAGAGAAGAAACCGUUCGAAAGACUGCCGACGAACGUUCGACCCGUUAACUAUGACAUAACGCUGAAACCGAACUUGAAGGCUUUCACUUUCGAAGGCCAUGAGACCAUUACUGUGCAGGUUGCAGAGCCAACUCGGACAGUCACUCUGAACUGUAUUGAGAUUGAGGUUUCAAAUGUUAGCUACACGCCUGAUGGUGGUUCUGAGUUGGUGGGUGCCAUUACCUACAAGAAGGAGGAUGAACUUGCUGUCUUUACCUUCGAAGAGGAGUUACCAGCAGGUAAUGGACACCUGAAGGUGACGUUCACAGGGGAGCUCAAUGAUCACAUGAAGGGUUUCUAUCGUAGCAAGUACACGGGUCCAGACGGGGAGGAUCGGUAUGGGGCCUCCACGCAGUUUGAGGCCUCUGACGCGAGACGUUCCUUCCCGUGCUGGGAUGAGCCUGCGCUCAAGGCCACAUUUGACAUCACCCUGGUGGCACCAAAGAACAGAGUGGCCCUGUCCAACAUGCCAGUAGUUUCGGAGACAGAGGACACUGCAGACAGCAGUCUUAAGGUUGUCAAGUAUAGCCGGUCGCCCAUCAUGUCCACCUACCUGCUGGCGUUUGUUGUGGGCGAGUAUGACUACGUAGAGGCAACAGACAAGGAUGGGGUCCUCAUACGGGUGUACACGCCUGUGGGCAAGAAGGAGCAGGGGCAGUUUGCACUGGAUGUUGCUGUGAAGACCCUGCCGUUCUACAACCACUAUUUCAACCUCGCCUACCCACUUCCGAAACUGGACCUCAUCGCCAUAGCUGACUUUGCUGCAGGGGCCAUGGAGAACUGGGGCCUGGUGACCUACAGAGAGACUGCCCUCCUCAUUGACCCCAAGAACUCCUCAUCCACGGCCAAGCAGUGGGUUGCUCUGGUCGUGGGGCAUGAGUUGGCACAUCAGUGGUUUGGGAACCUUGUCACCAUGGAAUGGUGGACCCACCUGUGGCUCAACGAGGGCUUCGCCUCCUGGAUAGAGUACCUGUGCGUUGACCACUGCUUCCCAGAGUUUGACAUCUGGACGCAGUUUGUGAACCAGGACCUGGGGCGCGCCCUGGAACUGGACGCACUUCACACCAGCCAUCCCAUUGAGGUGCCAGUAGGAGCGCCAUGUGAGGUGGACGAGAUAUUUGAUGUGAUCUCCUACAGCAAAGGAGCCUCUGUGAUACGCAUGCUGCACGACUACAUCGGGGACCAGGAUUACAGAAAGGGUAUGAACGCAUACCUGACCAAGUUUGCAUACAAGAACACAUUCACAGAGGAUCUAUGGGCCGCCCUUGGGGACGCCAGUGGCAAACCAGUGGGCGAGGUGAUGACCACCUGGACCAAACAAAUGGGCUUUCCAGUCAUCAAGGUAACCCAGACACAGGAGGGUGACAGUAGGGUCCUAGAGCUCACACAAGAAAAGUUUAACGCUGACGGCAAAACCAAGGAGGGUGAGAGCACGGAAUGGAUGGUGCCUAUAUCAGUCUCCACAUCCACAUCCCCGGACACCCCAGUGCACACUGUGCUACUAGACAAGCCUUCCAUGAAGGUCACAUUGCCAGAUGUGAAACCAAACGCAUGGGUCAAGCUAAACAGUGGUUCAGUGGGGGUGUACAGGGUCCACUACCCAUCCGAGAUGCUGGAUGCCUUGAUCCCUGCUGUGAGGAACAAGACCCUGCCCCCAAGGGACAGACUCAGCCUUGAGAACGACCUAUUUGCCUUGGCAAGGGCUGGUCUGGCAUCCUCUGUGGACGUACUGAAGGUCGCGGAAGGCUACAUCAACGAGGACAACUACACGGUGUGGCAUGACCUGGCAAUGAACCUCGGUCAGAUGGCCUCUAUGCUGCAGUACACGGAGGGCAGCGAGGCAUACAAAACAUUUGCACGCCACCUGUUUGGACCGGUAGCUAGGAGCCUUGGCUGGGAGGCAAAAGAGGGGGAAAGUGUUUUGACGUCCAUGUUGAGAGAGCUUGCGUUGGUACGCCUUGGUCGCUAUGGUGACCCUGAUACGGUUGCCGAAGCUCGCAGAAGGUUUGAAGAUCACUUUGAGGGGAAAUCAGUGCUUCCUGCAGACUUACGGGUGCCGGUUUACACGACAGUCCUGACAAAUGGCAAUUCGGAGACCUUUGACAAAAUGCUGAAGCUGUAUGACCUUGCGGACAUGCAGGAGGAGAAGGUCAGGAUUGGUCGGUUGCUAGGCGGUGUCAAGGACGAGGCUCUCAUCAGGCGCACCCUCGAGUUUGCCAUGUCUGACAAGGUUCGAGCUCAAGACACUGUGUUUGUUCUGCCUGGUGUGACCUGCUCUGUGCAGGGUCGUGAUAUUGGCUGGAAGUUUUUCCAGGAGAACUUUGAUGAUCUCAUGAAGCGCUACAAGGGCAGCAUGCUCCUGGGUCGACUCUGCAAGUCAAUGACUGACGGCUUUGUAACUGAAGAAAAAGCCCAGGAAGUACAGGAGUUUUUCAAGUCCAAUCCGGCCCCGGGUGCGGAGAGGUCGAUCGAGCAGGCGGUAGAAAAUAUCCGCCUGAAUGCCAUGUGGAUGAAGAACCAGUCUGCCGGCGUCGUUGCCUUCCUAAAGGACCGACCAUCCGCCUAGACGACCAGUCGGAACCCACUAAUUUGAUGUUUUCUUGAACCAUGGAUAAACAUUAAACAUUGUUGAAGUCCGGUGACCAAUGUCUAUUGCUUUAUUGGCAACAACUUCUCUAAGUGCUCUAUAUUCUGUUUGAUUUUUUUAUUUAUAUUUUCAACUGAUUUAAAUGCUUAAAUUUGAAUAUAUUUUUUUCUGCUGAUUUAAAAUCUGAUUAUUUAAUUAUAGUGUUUUCUGAUUUAUGACCUUCAUUAGCUGAUUCAUUAUUUACCAAAGAUUUAGUUUAUGUGGAUAUCAAAUUAACCAUGGUAAAUCAUUAACCGAUGUGUAUGGAUUGUGUGUGAAGCAUGGUGGGUUUAUUUUUGAAAGUGAAAGGCUUGGCAAGACAUAAGUGUGCCUGACAUAGAAUUUCUAAGCAGAACUUUUUAAGAAGUCUCACCGGUUGCACUCAGUUCUUUGAUGCAUGUAUGUUUGUUUGCGUUGAUAGUGUCUCACACGCAGAAUUGCAUAAAUGGCCACUUUAUUGUGGAACCAGUGUGACUGACAAGUGAUUUUAGAAGACCAAUUAGUAUCUGCCAGGAUCGAAUUUAAAGUGUAGACAAAAAAAUAUGUAAGCAUUCGAAAUAAAUUAUUAAAGAGA